AUCGGACCGCCUCACGAAUAAUGCACAUCCGACCGCCUCACGAUUAAUAUAUAUCGGACCGCCUCUCGAAUAAUGCACAUCCGACCGCCUCACGAUUAAUAUAUAUCCGACCGCCUCACGAUUAAUAUAUAUCGGACCGCCUCAUGAAUAAUGCACAUCCGACCGCCUCAUGAAUAAUGCAUCAGGACCGUCCACGGGCGCCGCGCUCGGGCCGUGGUGGAACGGCCGCGCGGCCGGGAGCGAUCCAGGGGCGCGAGCCGGCCGGAGCGGCGCCGGUCUCCCGGCAACAGCCGCCGGCAGCACGAGGGCCUCGCGGCUGGCUCUGCUCCGCGCCGGGGCCCCGGGAGCCGCGGGCAAGGGCAGCGGCAGCGGCAGGAGGGGUCGGGUCUCUCGGGCCAGAAGCGCGGCGUGUGGCGCGCAGCUUGCCGAGGAGGGAGGCCGGCGCAGCCCCGCAGGCUCUUUCUCAGGCACUGAAUGGAUUUUUUUCCACCGGUGGCUCCUGUGGUGGCAGCUACUCAGUUUUUACCUGGUUCCCAGCUGAAAUACCAAAAGGACAACUUUCAGCCUGGAUUCAUACUUGACAAAGAGGAAAGUUUAAAAGAUCUCUAUGCACAGAAGAACCAAAGAUAUUCCUAUUCUAUGUCUGCAGAAAGCACUCAGGACAAGCCCAGGCACGGAGGCUUCCGGUCAGGUGGACUAGAGAGCAAGUAUCUCAUCAGCCAGGCCUGUACUCUGUCAGCUAAAUCAUUAGGCAGACAUAAAGAAGGAGUGGACCGUGCAUAUCCCCUGCAACCAAUUUCUCACCACAAGAGUGCAAGAGAUCCACUGCUCAGCACUGGAAGUUCCCCCCACGUGCAGGAAGCUCCAGACAGUAGAUCAAGCUCAAUAAGUAAAGAGAUGGUUCCAGCAGGGAGAUCUCUGUUAGCUGCAGUGCUCUGCCCUUGGACACGAGAGCCUGAACCAUCAGCUCCCCAUUUAUACAGGAGAGAGCUGGCCUACAUCCUAAAGCUGGAGGCAGAUAGAAGGAACCUAGAAGAGGCAAUUCAAAAGAAAAAGGCCCUUCUUGGAGAGAAGCUAAAGAGGACAGAGGAGACACUUAGGAGGAUUCAAAGAGAGAAGGAAUUUAUCAACGUAGAGGAGAGAAGAGAAAGUGAAGUGGAGAGGACCCAUGAGCAAAAGGCCACAAGACACCCUGAAGAGAAAACUUUCAGAGCUGCAGACACGCCGGGUGUUGGGAUCUUCAGCGGGGCACAGUCUGCAGAGGACACCAUCCCCAAGUCUGGCACCACUCCCCACCCCCAAGAGCUGCAUGUGGGCAAACUCAAGGAGUGGCUGGGGGCCGCAAAACACAACAAAACAAACAACAGCAAAAUACAAGCCAACAUUCCCAUGGAGCAUUUAGCUUCUUGUUCAAAACUGGUCCCAAAACAGAGCCUUUCUCUCUCUGCCCUCUCAGACCGAGAUUCUGAUGACCACCCAUCUGCAGAGACGCCACACAUGCAGCCUGCCGGUGCUGUGGAGCAGGAGGGCUUUGGACAGUGCAGCUUCUGCAAACGUAAGUUUCUCUGUGCAAGGCUUGAGAAACACAUGAGUAUCUGUGGCAAGAACCAAGACUCCAAGAGGAAAGUGUUUGACUCUAGCAAGGCCAGAGCUAGGGGAACAGAACUGGAACAGUAUCAGCAGCAGAAGAGCUCAAGGAGUCCUCAGAGUAAAACACCACCCAGAAAGAACAACUGGAAGCAGAAGCACGAGGCUCUCAUCCACAUCAUGUCCCAGGCCCGCCAGGUGGAGCAAAUCCUCAAUAAGGGGAGGAAGGUGUCUGGCCUGCCCCCAUUGCCUCCCAUCGAAAACCCAGACUAUGUUGCCUGCACCUACUGUGGACGCAAGUUUGCUCCCCGAGUAGCUGAGAGGCAUAUUCCCAAAUGCAAAGACAUAAGGAAUAGGCCCCCGCCUCCACCACAGAGGAGGCGCUGAUGAGGCAGAGCCCAGCUGUAUCUGCUGCUUUGAUUCCCUGCCUGGCUUUUGCCAGAUUCACAGUUAUGGACAUUUGUGUUUUCUGUAGUCUUAACACUUGCUGCAGCUUCUGUGUACAGCAAGUGAACAGCUCAGGAUGAAUCAGCUGAAAAACAGAACUUGUAUACUUUGACCUGCACCCUAGGUAGCCCCAGAAAAGAUGCCCCUUUCCUCAGCACAAGAAGCUCAGGAUCAGAAAUUCCAGGGUUAGAAAAGGUAGCAAUAGCAGGCACUUACUGUUUGAAUCCUUAUGUCAAUUCAUGUGCAUAGAACAAGGACACUCUGAAUCAGCCAGGCCCUUGAGGCAACAGAACCACCAUCACAAUGAGAUUUAAUAUUUUAAAAAAUGGAGUUUUCUUCCUGCAGGCCAAGUUGCUAGGAACUUCUGAAAGCAAAGAUUUCACCCUUCCUUAAGUCAUCUGCUUAUUUCAUCUUGGUUCAUCAGUGGGAGGGAAUUAUGACAAAAACAUAUCCCUUCUUUUGUUUUCUUCUCAAAAUGUUAUUUUUCUAGAUUCUGAUUAUUAAAUAUAUUAAACUAGUUGUCUUGUGUAAAAGUUAUUUUAAAUGGUCACGGAGUGGUCUGUGUUCUCACAGUAAGAAUGACUACUUUGUAUGAGAAAGUUGCAACAAGAAGCAAACAAGGAAUAAAAAAGCUCCAGAGCUCCUUUUGCAAGUCCUCUGGUAGCAAUAGCAGCAGCUCAUGGGAACCUAGGGAAAGAUCUAAAGCAACUAGAUUAAGCUGGAAUAGUCAGAAGCUGAAUAUGAAUAUGAAUAGUCAGAAGCUGACUAUGAAGUAAUACUCCAGCCAUCAAUGAGUGAACCUGACUCCUGAAAGAGGUUGGAGAGCUUCUGUCCUAUAGAUACAUGAGCAGAAAUCUCAGUCCCUUGGCACAUCCUGGAAAAGCAUGAAGGUCCCAGAAAGGGUCAUUGCUGCACUGUGCCACCCAAUGACAUGUCAACAAAUCUGAGAGAAAAAGCAGACUCAAAAGAAGGGAAAAUAAUUUACUGUAUCCAAACAAGACCAAUGGUUUAACUUGAGAGUUUUGAAAAACUGGAUAGCAAGAGGUAGGAAAGGGGUAAAUUGAAACCUUUAGGCCAGCCUCCUUGCAAUCAUGAAAGGAACAAGUGAUGUGAACACACUAGUUAAAAAAUUCAGCACCACCGGCUGUCUUCUAAUAUUAACUCUGUUUCCCUUGCACUACGUUUUAUUGACUAUAUUUAGUGGACCCUAAAGGUCAGCAGUGUAAAUGGUGACACAUGGAUACACACUAAAAAGCAUUUGAUGCUGUAAAAUAAACCCAUCUGUUGGGGACUUCUUGUAACAGACAGGCAAAAGGCUGAGAUUGAGGAUUGAAACUGUAGACUAAAUAAAAGUUAAUCACCAAGCUUCAUUGUUACCUGUUUUGGAGCUAAGAUAGGCAGUUCACCCCUCCUUGCUGUUGUUUCAGUAUCCAGAAAGUCUCUGGUAACUGGUUUAAAAUGAAGUAACAUGUCAGACAACGAAUCAAGGUCAGCACAGAGAUUUAGGGUGCUGCUUUGCUAUCAUGGUUAGUUACCCUGAUGCUACUCAAGCUGUGUUACUCAUGACAGCUCAGCUUCCUCCUUUGCUCCUGCAGUACAAUCCCCCUCUCAGAGACACGCUGCAUUUUCAGCAUCCAAAUCUCUAGUGGAUUUUAAAUCUUUAACUCUGCUCUGCCUGUCAAGAUAUUUCACAAUUGAAUACCAUUUCUGAUAAAAGUGACAGGCUUUAAGUACAGUGUGCAGGAACAGCUGGCUGAGCAGGUGUCAGGCAGGUUCUCCCUUCUGUAGGCCUUAAUGAUCAGUGAAGAUCUUCUGAGAAAAACAGGUACUUCUUCCCUUUAAGCCUCUCUUCCCGUUACUCAUUUCCCCACUUGGCAUUCAAACUGUGGAAAUAAACACACACACACACACACACAAGCUCCUGACGUCACUAGGAGGAGAUGUAGCAGUAUGAGAAAAGAAUGGGGUUUUUGUUUGGUUGUUGUUGGUUUCUUUCAAUGAAGGGACACAGAAACUGACUUUUUUUUUUUUUUUAA